GUACUAACUAGACUCUACUUAGAAUCUAGCCUACGCACUUUAUUAUUUACACUAAAUAAUUUAACUAUACGUAGAUUACUUCGGGGAAAAUAAUUAAAUAUUGACAUACACUUAGAUAUAGGCUAGAUCUAAUUAUUAUUGAUCAUUAUGGCUGCGAAAAAUAAAGCAAUGGAUGAUUUUUUCGCAAAUAUGCCCAAUCCUGAUGCAAUUUUUCAGUCAUGGUGGCCCUUUCUCAUUGCUGGCGCAGUUGGAACAAUCUACGGAUUCAGGCAGUGGGUUCGUGGCCCUAAAUGUAUAGGUGGUGCUAAAUUGAAAGACAAAACAGUGAUAAUUACAGGAGCCAACAGUGGAAUAGGCAAAGAAACUGCUUUACAAUUAGCACGCAGAGGAGGAAAAAUUGUGUUGGCUUGUAGAAAUGAGGCUGAAGGUAAAAAGACAGCAGAAUUUAUCAGGAAGGAAACUGAAAACAUGGAUGUUUAUUUCAUGAAACUUGACCUAAACUCUUUUAAAUCCAUAAAGGAAUUUGUUGAAAAAUUUAAGAAAAAGGAGAAACAUUUGCAUAUCCUUAUAAAUAAUGCUGGAGUAAUGAUGUGCCCAAAAGGAAAGACAGAGGAUGGCUUUGACAUUCAGUUUCAGACUAAUUAUUUGGGUCCUUUCCUGUUGACUGAAUUGCUGCUUGAUGUACUGAAAGAGUCAGCACCGAGUCGGAUUAUUAACACCACAGCUUCAGCACAAAAUCUGGGGGACAUUAAUUUUGAGGACAUCAAUCACGAAACAAAAGAAUACAGUCUGGGUGAUAUGUAUGCACAAUCCAAAUUAGCUGUAGUCUUGCAUACUUUUCAAUUGGCAGAAAGACUAAAAGAUACUCAAGUUACUUGUAAUGUUGUAAACCCUGGCAUUUGUAAUAGUGACAUCUAUCGCUACCUCCCUCUCAAAUCAAAGAAAUUUAUCCGAGUCAGCUUUGGUCCAUUUAUGUGGUUUCUUAUGAAGUAUCCUGAGGAUGGUGCUCAGAUUUCAGUAUAUUUAGCAACCGCUGAGGAGUUGAAAGAAUCUACUGGUAAACAUUUCAAAGAUUCUAAAGAAGAGCCUUUGACUGGGAAAUGUCAAGAGAAACUGCUGCAAGAACAGUUGUACAGAGCCUCACUGAAGUGGACUGAGCAAGCAAGGGAGGCUGGCGCAAUCACUGCUGAAACCAAAGAAGGCAAGGAAGACAAAGAAGAAAAUACAAAAGUCACUGAGAAGAUAGAACCCAAAUCUAGUACAAAGAUGGAGCGGGUUACUCUUUAACUCAACAGAUCUGUAAGCCUACUGCUACCCGCAGUUAGUAUUUCAUCCUGAUAAUUUUAUUUAAUGAAAACCAGUUGAUUCUUACAGUAAUAAUUUUUUUUUAUACUUAAAAUGAUAGACACAAAGUGUACAUUGGAGAGUAUAUAUUUUAUUUAUUAAGCCUAAUUUGUAGUAAAUUAGGAAAUAAAAUGCACUUUGAUAAAAGAUCAUGGAGGACAAAAUCUAAAUUUCUUGUUAAUAUUCAGACAUGAGUUUUAAAAUUUCUAUAUUUUAAAAUUAUCUGUGAAAUGAUGCAUUAGGGUAGUUAAUCCUCUAGUGUUGAAAUAAUUUUGCUUAUUAUUUCUAGUCUUGCAACCUAUGUACAUAUUGUGCAUCUCAUAUAGUUAUUCUUCUUAUGUAUUAUUAUCAAUAGCAUAAUAUGUAUGUUUAUUGUCUAUAUGUAUUUAUUCAAGAGGUUUCUAAAACUAUUCAGCAUUACAACUUCAAUUUGAAGUUCUAGCAAAAAAAAAAUUUUCAUAUGUACAUACUCAUUUUAAAAAAUAAAUAUCUAAGUGUUUGCAUUAUGUAUAAUCAGUUUUUACAUUUCAUAGCAAGAUCAAUCAAGUCCAUAUAGUAAUUGGGUUUGACCAAGGCAUUCCAAAUAGCUGUCUAGCAUUUCCUAAACUGUUUUACUAACCUCUAAAGGUAUCAAGCACACAUAACCUAUAACAAAAAUAGGACAACUGACUGAUAUGUGAUUUUAUAAAUAUAUAAUGCAAAUCAUACAUUAUAAGUUAUAAUGGAAUUUAGACAUUUUUAGAGAAUAGUAAUUUUUAUAUCUUUAUUAGAUACAAUAAUAAUGCCUUAAAUUAUACUUAAGGAAAAAACUGCACACUAAUUGUCAAUUUAUUUUUUCAAUUCAAACCAUUGUAAACUACUAAAUAGCAAUAUUUUUUGUGAAAGUAAUCAAAUUUAAAUGCUUUUUUCAAUAAUAUUGUUCCAUACCACCAUUGUAUUCUAUAUGCACAAACUAUUAGAUUUUUAAAUUUAUUCAAAUGCUGAUCGAGUUUCAGGGCAAGAUAUUACAGGACUAAAAAAAUGCUGGCUUUUGUUAGAAUGUUAUACCGAAGAGUGUGAUAAUCAGAUUCUAUAAGCAAUACUUUACCAUAGAUAAGUGUGUUCUGUAUGACAUUCCUCUAGUGCAAUGUACAGUUGGUUAUGAAUAACAAUAGAUUGGUUUCUGGAGUUGUCAUCCAAAGUACUUACAAAUGCUCUUCUUUUAUAAGACUAAAGUGUACUUUGCAUUUAUUUUACAUUAAAACUGCUGUAUUAUUCCAUAUUUUUUAAUGCAGCAUAUUUCCAUUAUAAGCUCUCCUCAUCAAAUGUGCUAAAGAUAAUUUCAUAUAAAUGUGAUGUAAUGUUGUGAUAAGUGGGAAAUAUUUUUGUAUGGAAAUCAAAUCAGUGUUAGUAACUGUUAGAAAAUAGUUUAGAAAUAUAUAUCUGGAUUAAUUUUAUUUACUGCUAAAAUAAUUUAAGUUAUUGAAAAAUAUUUUUUUUUUUUCAAUUUUUUUAACCAAACUUUUUUUUUUUUAAAUGAAAAUGUCAGUAGUAUAGUGUAGAAUUUAUGAAAAUGUAUAGUAGUUAUGAUCUCCUCUUGAUAAAACUAAAUGGAAAUGCGAUUAACUGUAGAUGUUAGCGCUGUAUGUUAUGUCUUUCACAUUAUCUUACAAAUAAAAUACUUCAAAUUUA